AGGCUCUUCUUCGUCUUCUGCUUCUCUUUCGUUUUUUUUUCAUCCGCAGAUUCGCCAUGUACACGACCACGCGUACGCCCGUCACCCUUACCGUCCGGCGCAAGGACGGCAGCGAGGCGCACUUUGUGCGCCGCGAAACGACCGACACCACCCCACUGCCCCGGCCCGCCGCGAGUGACGAGCACGACGAGAUUUACCAGUCCGUCAUGGAGUGCGCGCCGUACACCGCCAGCUUCAACGCCCUGCUCUCGCGACCCGCCCCGAAGGAGGGUGCGCAGGAGAUGGUCGCGCUCGUCCACAACCGCAUGCACAGCGAGGGCAUCCCCCUCAACAGCGAGACGUACAAUCUGCUGAUGAAGCGCGUCGUGCGCUUUACCGACGGCUCCAUUUUCACGCUGUACGAAGAGCUGAAGAAAGAAGGCCGCAAGGAGAACAGCAGCGUGCGGCCGAACGUGGAGACUUUUGUCUUGCUCUUCCGCGCGUGCGAGAGGAGUGCGCAGUACAGCAAAGCCUUCCUGUUCUAUCAGCAGAUGCGCGAGUACUUUCGACUGGUGCCAGACACGACCACGUACAACACGCUGCUCGGCUACUGUGCGGCCGUGCGCGAUGUUGCGCAGGCCACGUUUUUGGUGGAGGAGAUGAAGCAGCUGGAGGUGCCACGCGACGUGAACACGUACAACUGUCUCAUGAGCGUCAUGGUCACCUCCGCGCCGUACGCGGAAACGAUGAAGGUGUUUCAAGAGCUGCUUUCGGUCAAUAUCAAGCCGUCGAACCGCAGCUACAACACCAUUCUGAAGGCGGCCUGCGACCACGGCGACUACGACCGCGCGUUUCAGCUGACGGAGGAGAUGAAGCGGCGGGGGCUGCUGCCGGAUGUAGAGACGUACAACUAUCUUAUGAGCGUCUGUGCGCAGCGCGUGGAUUAUGUCCGCGGCACCGGGGCCUACGCCGCCGAGCACCGCCGCCACGAACAGGUAGUGCAAGGCACCCACGCCCUGGCGGAGCUGGUGCUGACGCUGAUGCGGGAGAUGCGCACGAUGCGGGUCAACCCGGAUACUUACACCUACAACAAGGCCCUGAGCACCCUUGUUCUGUGCGAUGACGAGCGUGUCUUCGCGGUCUUCAAUGAGAUGGUGCGUGAUGCGAAUAAAAGCCGCGCUGCGCAGGAAUUUGCAAGUGCUCCAGUGAAGCAGAGAAAGUCUCCCGACCAGGACGACGCCGACGCGGGGGCCAUUCUAGAGGUGGCGCUGCAGGCGGAGGAGAACAACGAGGUUGGCAACAUGCGCAGCACCACGGUGCAUCCGAACCUCGAAACGUGGAAGGAGCUCACGAAGGCGUGUCUCCUCUUUGGGUAUUUCCAGCGCGCCAAGGAGGUGUACGCAAACAUGAAAGAGGUGAACCUGACGCUCAGCGCAACCAUUGCGCAUCUUCUGCUUGAGGUGUGCUGCAAGACGAAGACGCGCUCCUGGGCGGAGCGGCUGCUGGAGGAACUGAGGAAUGCUAACGUGCUCCUCACCACCGCGUUGAUGAAUGACUACCUGAAAGUGCUUUGCGCCGUCGACGACGAAGGGACGAUAUUCGCGGAGUACGAGAAGAUGCGCCUGGGCAUCCAUCCGUCUGGUGCCUGGGCGAACACGGACACCAGUAACAUCAUUCUGGCCUACGCAUGCGGGAAGCCCACACGGCAGGAGACCGCAGACAAGCUCUACGCCGCCAUGGUGCAGCCCUACUCCACCUCGCCGGCGGACGACGAAACCUACCGCAUCCGACUGGAGUCCUUUGUCGGUCGAGAGGACGUGAACACGGAAUCGGUGCUGUCGUACGUGGAGGAGGUGCUGCGCAGCCACCCUCCCCAAUGUCUUCCCUUUUACCACGCGAUUCUUCGGUUUCUGCUGAAGCAGGAUGAUGUGCGCAUUCGUGCGUGGUUUGAUCGCAUCAGCAGCACCGGAGAAACGAAAGGUGGCCUUGCCGUAGCGGCUGAUGUAGCGUGUUACACCAUUGUCAUGGAGUACUACCUGAAACAUGAGGACUACGACAGCAUUCAGCAGCUCUACGCACAGCUGCAGAGCAGCCCGACGCUGGAGGCGGACAAGGGCAUCUACCGCGUGCUCUUCGAAGUCGCCCGUCGUCAAGACGAUCCGCGGACAACUACAAAGCUACUGGACCAGGUUCGUGUGAAUAGCGUGCGUCUCGACGCGCGGUGCUACGACAGCAUUUUGCAAACGUACGUGGCCCACGAUGAGUCGCUUGUGUUUGUGGUGUUGAACUACAUGAAGGAGCAACGCGUGGCCCCUGCGGACAGCACCAUGGCGGUGUUUCUCUCCGACCCCAAAGGGCGUCAAAUGCUGACGAGUGUGCUGACGCGCAACUUGUUUUACUCCCCGGUGCCGCCUGCUCCUUUAGAAAAGCUCAAGCCGUAG